CAAGUUCACUGGCUAACCGACCAGUGUUGAAACCAGAAAUCCAGAAGAAAUCAAGAAUUGACAGUCUGACAAGCAUCGUUGCUCAGAAGAAUGGACCUUAAUAGCGAGCACAUGGAACAUAAAGAUGCGAGCCAAGAAGACUUCGAGAAAGUGGACAGAAUCCCGGAGCAAGACGAGGAGGUGACCACCACGUCAUUUUCGGGUGAGACGGUGGAGGCAGACCGUUAUGAGCCUGGAUAUUCUUUACCAGCAAAAACAGUAGCUGGUAAUGAAAACACUCAAAAUCUGUUAGAUCUUGAUGAUAACGAACCAUUUGGUCAGAAAUCCCAAACAGGUUUCGAUUCUAUUCCAAGUAAUAUUGAACCCUUGAAACCCUCUGCACCCCCUGCUUCAGGUUUUGACUUACUGGGUGAAUCAUUUGAAAACAAUCCCAUCACUUCAUCCUCUGAAAAAGAAACACCAGUAAAAGCUCCAGAAAGAAAAGAAGCAGUUUCAACACCUUCAGUGGAGAAGAAACUCCCUUCUGAGUUUGAUGCUUGGUUGAAAAAUGUUGAUCCAAGAGUAGGACAAAAGAGUAAGUUGGAGGAAAAGGAUGAGGGACAAGCAGAAAGUAAAAGUAGCACUGGGGUCACUCCAAAUAAGGUUACAUUGUUGGAGCUGAUUUAUUGGUGUGAUGUGAAGAAGACUGGUGUGGUGUUUGGAUCCAUGUUAUUCAUCCUUCUCUCACUUUCCUGUUUCUCUGUACUGAGUGUCCUGGCAUAUCUCUCUCUCGCUGUCCUUACUGUCACCCUUAGCUUCAGAAUCUACAAAAAUGUCCUGCAGGCCGUGCAGAAAUCUGGAGAGGGUCAUCCUUUCAAGCAACUUUUGGAGAUGGACAUUGAAUUGCCUGAGGACAAAGCUCGAGAUGCUGUGGUCAAUAUUCUGAAGCACCUGAACUGCACCAUUAGAGAGCUCAGACGCCUAUUUCUGGUGGAAGAUUUAGUAGACUCUAUUAAGUUUGGACUUCUCCUCUGGGUUCUGACUUAUGUUGGAUCUUGGUUCAAUGGCAUGACUUUAAUUAUAUUGGCUGUAGUUGAUAUCUUCACCUUGCCUAAAGUAUAUGAAACUUACAAGGUCCAGAUUGAUCAUUACAUUGAUCUUGCUCGCACACAAAAAGACAACCUCUGGAAACAAGUUCAGGACAAAGUUCCAUUUUUGAAGAAAAAGGAGAAGAAGCAAUAGAUUGUCUUCUAAAACUGAUUAGAUAUUUAUAAAUAAGGCUUUUUGUGGACUGUAGUUUAAUAUAGAUGUGUGUUGUCAACAGAGACUUGUAUACUAUUUGUAUUAUACUGACUAUAUCAGGCUGGCCGCAUACAGUUUUGUUAUUAAAGCAAGUUAUACAUUUAUAGUAUUAGUUAUUAGAUUAAAGUGUGUUUAGGGGAAGUUUAAGUAUACUUUGAAGUGUGAAUGAGAUUAGAAGUCCAUAAACCCUCAUUUUCCCCACCUAGAUUUUGCUAUUUCAAUUGUAUAUAUGAAUUCCUUCAUAUGCCAUUUAAAAGUUACUCAGAAUUCAAAUGUAUAAUGUUAUUUGUUAUACUUUUGUUGCCUGGUUGUAGGGGUAAAAUUGUUUGAUUUAUGUCUAUUAUUUGUUUUCCUAAAUGCAGAUGUUUCUCUUGAUGGCUUCCAUUUCCAGAGAAGUGGGGUUAUUUUUGUGUGUUGAUAUCAUAAAGUAUGGUUACACCAUUGUAAGUCGUUGUUAUGGAUACACAUAUGUGCCAUGAUUUAAGCCUUAUAACAAGUUUGAUUCAAAUUCAUGUAUUAUACAGAUGCCGAGUAAAAUCGAAAACAAAGUGUCUCAAACCAAGCUUGUCCCAUAACUCAAAAUCCGAUAGUGUUUACAAUUAUCUUUUUACUGCAGAUAUCAUUUAAAAAGUUUUCUUCUUUUCAUGUAUGAUCAUUGAAAAGACAACCCUAAGUCCCAAAAUAAUCCUUAGUUUUGCAUUAUUAAUAGGACUCCUGAUCUCAAAUAACCACACUUGAUAACGAGUAUACAUAUAUAUAUGAAAACAAGGUAUUAAGUUUUACACCAAUGUACAGACCUGAAAUAAUUUCAUCAUUUGGAGCAGGCAUGACAGACUGUGCAUAAUAUUUUGAUACCAAAUUAAAAAUGACCUGAUUGGUUUUAAGAAGAUCCCAUGUUUAUUUUUACACUUCAGUGCUAUUCUUUGCAGCCUUUGCUUAGACAUAUAUAAGAGUAUUCCAUAUAAUAUGUAAUGUCGUAGCUUUGUAUUGACUGUGAGUCUUAUAAUGAAGCGUUAUUUAUUGUACGUAAGUAAUACUGAUUUUAUUAUUAUACUAUAGGUAGAUCAGUUGUUGUGACCAUUUUAAAUUCAAUAUUAAUUAAACCUUGCACUUGCUAGUCACUAGCAAGAUACUGAUGAUAGGUACAGGGAUUUGGAAUAGUGCAUAAACUGUGGUUAUUAUAUGUAUUGAAGUUUUCGUUUCAUUUAUUAAUAAAAGAUGAGAAUUAAAAGGAAAAAUUUUAAAUUUUCCCUUUUGAAACUCUCUUAACUGAAAUAAAACACUACUUUUGCAGAAAAUCUUUCUGAACAAUUUAUAAACACUGACACUGUAUGUAUGUAAACAACUUGUACUGAAUAUAUAGUAAUGUGUAUAUUCUAGUCUUAUUUCCUGGGUCAUGUUUUUGAUGAUCCCAGAAUGUUAUGGUGGUGUAUGUUAUCUAGUAGACAAUGAAAGGUCAAUCUUGUUUGUCAAAGGAUAAUUUGACUUUAGUACAAACAUGUUUUCUCCCCAGUUUUCCAUUAGUAAGGGAAAAAAAUAAUACUUGAAAAUAUAAUGUGUUUGGAUCACUAUAUACAUAUUUUCAAUGUUGUUAACUGUAUGAAAUAGAAUUGAUAAAGGUAAAUUUAAUUAUUUUUUGUGGAGCAAAACCAAGAAAUAUUCAUGUAAAACAGUUUUACAAGUGUAUUAAUAAGAACAAAAAUAAGAAAACAAUGUUCAUUUUGUAAAUACAUGUAUUGAUAGACACAGAGAUCUGUGAACUUGUAAAAAAAGAAAAAUAAAAAGGAGAUGUUAAUUAUUUGAUAUGUAAAAUGUACUUAAAAUAGCAAAUGGGAUGUGUAAGAUAUAUUGAUCUCGCUGUAUAUAUAUCAUGAUUGUGAAGUAGUUCUGUACAGGUAUUAUUCGCCCUUUCAUUAUAUACCACUGAUUUCUAAGAGUCAAUGAAAGAGGAUGUACAUGAGAAGUUUCUACAUUUCUUCAAAAUGCAGUUCCUUUGUGGAAAGAUCAGAAAAUUUACCUAUGUGAAAAAAUAACACUUGUAUUUUGAUAAAUGGUAUAUGAAGAUAUAUUCUUGAAAACAACUUUAUCACAACUCUUCAUUAAGUCAACAUUGGCCUUGGAUACAUUGUUUUCACUUGAAAUGUGCUGUCUAUGGAAUACAUCUGUACACCUUAUGUAAAUUGUUUUACCUUGUUAAAGCUUAAUGUCUGUAAAUUUGUCAUCUCUCUGGCUUUUUUGUGACUCAAGAUGUUCUUAUAACAAUAAACUGAAUGUUCAUUACA